AGGCAGUUAACGUAUGGGGGCGUUGCCAAGACGUACGUCAUGGACAAGGGAAGGCGAGAUGACGUCACACCAGGCGACGCCAGGCGAAUGGAGUCACAGGUCCCGUCGUCGCCCCCCCCUGCCCGGGUCCUGCUCCUGGAGCCCUUCUAUGGGGGUUCCCACAAGCAGCUGCUAGACCUGCUGAGCGCCCAGCUGGACUCCUGCGUGGCCUUCACCACGCCCGCUAAGAAGUGGCACUGGAGGGCCCGAACCUCGGCGCUCUACUUCAGCCAAAACGUCACGCCCAACCUGGCGUACAGGGUUCUGUUCUGCAGUUCGGUUCUCAACCUAUGCGAGCUGGUGGCCCUUCGACCGGAUCUGGCCCGGCUGAAAAAGGUUCUGUACUUUCACGAGAACCAGUUGGUGUACCCGGUGCGCGAGGAGCGGGAUCGUGACUUCCAGUACGGCUACAACCAGAUUCUGUCAUGCCUGGUGGCCGAUGUGGUGGUCUUCAACUCGGCCUUCAAUAUGGACUCCUUCCUGUCCGCCGUCACAUCCUUCCUGAACAAGAUCCCGGACCGGCGGCCCCCCAAAGACCUGGUGCACGCCAUACGGCCCAAGUGUCGGGUUGUUCAUUUUCCGCUGCACUUGGCCGACGUCGGCAGAUGCAAAGUCCCGGCGCAUGCCGCCGCCGAUGUCAUCACACCGACGGCCGGCGCCGCUGCGGACCGCCGCCCCGACUCCCCCGGGACGCCGUUGCACAUCGUUUGGCCUCACCGCUGGGAGCACGACAAGGAUCCUGAGCUAUUCUUCAGCACCAUGUUGAAGUUGAAAGAAGAAGGACUCGACUUCCUGCUCUCUGUACUCGGGGAAACAUUCGCCGAUGCGCCAGAGGUGUUUGCGCGCUGCCGGCCUCUGCUGGACUCGCACGUCGUGCACUGGGGCUUCCAGGAGUCUCGGGAGUGUUACGUGAGCAUUCUACGCCAGGCCGACGUGGUCGUGUCCACCGCGCGACACGAGUUCUUCGGAGUGGCCGUGUUGGAGGCGGUGCACUGCGGCUGUUACCCUCUGUGUCCCAAGGCUUUAGUCUAUCCCGAGAUCUUCCCAGCCGAGUACCUGUACGCCACUCCCCGGCAGCUCCUCAAGAGGUUGCGCCACUUCUGCGCCCGGCCGAGACACGUACGCACUCACGCGCUCAAGGUAGCACACAAAGACGAGAAGGUGGACACGAGCCGGUUCUCGUGGGACGUCCUCAAGGACUCUUUCCAAAGUCUCCUGAGCACAUGAGCGCGCCUGCUUUUCUUUUUGGUUUUUUUCUCCCGAUGAUCAACAGACAUGAUCAGCUGGCGGGUGAAUAGAAAACAAACAAAACCCCCGAGGGAGACACCGAGCCUUUUUUUAAUAAAGUACUUUUAAUGUAGCUCUUGGAAAAGAAAGCCCUUUUGUUUUUAGCGCGUUUGUGUUGCGUUACAGGAGGGUGGUCACUUGUAAGGUGAUGACAGCAAAGUUUUUCUUUUGGAGGAUUUGUCGCUCUCAUCGAAAAAUUCCACUUGGCGCCUCAAAGCAGAUUAAAGCAGAAUUACGACCUCA